AUGCUCGCUUUGCAGCCGCUGGCCCAGGCCGUGGUCGCUGCCCUCCUCGUGCUCCAGGCCGCCGCCUCGGAGCGCUUCACGGCGGCCGUGUACGAGCACGCGGUGAUCCUGCCACCAGCCGCCAUCCAGCCUCCCUCUGCCGAGGACGCGCUGGCACUCAUGGACAAGAACAUGGACGUCUUGGAAAGGGCCAUCCAGGAAGCCGCCCGGCAGGGUGCCCACAUCAUUGUGACUCCUGAAGACGGCAUUUAUGGCUGGCGCUUCACCAGAGAAAACAUCUACCCCUACCUGGAGGAUAUUCCUGACCCGGAGGUCAACUGGAUUCCCUGCACUGAUCCCAAAAGGUUUGCUCCUGCUCCAGUGCUGGAACGACUCAGCUGCAUGGCCAGGAAUAACUCUAUCUAUGUGGCGGCAAACGUGGGCGACAAGAAGCUGUGUAACUCCAGUGACCCGGGGUGCCCCAGCGACGGUCGCUACCAGUACAACACGGAUGUUGUCUUUGACUCGGAAGGGAAGUUAGUAGCACGUUAUCAUAAGUAUAACCUCUUUAUGUUAGAAACUAUCCCGUUUAAUAUCCCUAAGGAGCCAGAAGCUGUCACUUUUGAGACACCCUUUGGGAAGUUUGGCAUCUUCACUUGCUUCGACAUACUUUUCCACGACCCUGCAGUGGUUCUGGUGAAUGAGUUACAGGUGGACACUGUGUUGUUCCCAACUGCUUGGAUGAACGUCUUGCCUUUUCUGACUGCUGUUGAAUUUCACUCUGCCUGGGCUAUGGGCAUGGGUGUCAAUUUACUUUCAGCAAAUACGCACAAUAUCAGCAUGGAAAUGACAGGGAGUGGUAUUUAUGCACCAGAUGGAGCCAGAACAUAUUAUUACAAUAUGAAAACAGAGGAUGGUCAUCUCCUUGUUACUGAACUCAGUUCACAUCCUCGUCUUUCUCCUGCCUACCCUUCUGCUAUCAACUGGAGCUCCUAUGCUUCAAGUGUCAAGAGAUUCUCAGCAAAUGACCACGAUUUCAGUGGGCUCAUCUUCCAUGACAUGUUCACUUUCACUGAGCUCACUAAGUCUGAAGGGAAUUUCACAGUUUGCCAGAAAGAUCUCUGCUGUCACUUGAGCUACAAGAUGGCAGGAACACAAGAAGAUGAAGUUUAUGUAUUAGGUGCCUUUGAUGGACUUCAUGUUGUUGAAGGUCAAUACUACCUGCAGAUAUGCACAUUGCUGAAGUGCAAAAGCACAGAGCAGAAGAGCUGCGGGGAGCCUGUGGAGACCGCUCAGACCAAAUUUGACAUGUUUUCUCUGAGUGGCACGUUUGGCACUAACUACGUCUUUCCAGAGGUCCUGUACAGCGGGGUUCAGCUGGCCCCCGGGGAAUUUGAGGUGUUGAGUGAUGGGCGUUUGAUAAGUAAGAUAGCACCAACAAAGCCAGUUGUCACUGUGACGCUUUUUGGACGGUGGUAUGAAAAGGAUCAUGUGAAACAAGACCCACAACCACCAGCCUCCCCGUGAUGCUAUUAUAGCUGAAUCUGUACACGACUGACAUCAUGUCUGAAUGGGAUAUGACAUCAUUGGCUAAAAGAUAAUUAUCUUUCUUAAUUCCAGUUGCACAAGCUU